AUGAGGAGCUCAUCUAUGGUGUGCAUUGCAAUGGCAUUGGGGGUUCUAUUGAUGGCUCUCCCGGCGAGGGGACUGAUGCCUUACACAAGGAGCUUGUGGGACAUGAUGACCCUGCCUAGUGACGACCCUUUUAGGGUACUAGAGCAGAUCCCAUUUACCAUCCCUAAAGGGGUUGAAAGAGAGACGUCGACAUUGGCUUUGGCUCGAGUAGAUUGGAAGGAGACACCACAAGCACACGUGAUAACUGUGGACGUUCCCGGGAUGAAGAAGGAGGAUGUGAAGAUCGAGGUGGAGGAAAAUAGGGUUUUGAGGAUCAGUGGUGAGAGGAAGAUUGAAGAGGAGGUUGAGGGUGACAAAUGGCACUGCGUUGAGCGCACCGUCGGCAAGUUCUGGAGGCAAUUCAGGCUGCCUCACAAUGCUAACUUGGAUUCCAUUAAAGCUCAUUUGGAGAAUGGGGUUUUGAAGAUCACUGUGCCUAAGCUGGCUGAGGAGAAGAAGCGUCAGCCCAAGGUCGUCAACAUUGUUGAGGAGGGUAAUGCUUAUGGUGGUGAAGACAUCAAGGCUUCCAAAGCUGAAAUGUGAAUGUCUUAGAUUUCUACUUUGUAGCUUGUGUGUGAUACAGAAGAUACUUUUAUGCUUCACCCUUUG